AUGACGGUUGAGUUCUUGGAGUGGUGGGAAAAGGAGAUGAACCCAGCGCCUCAACUUUAUGAUAUCGAUGAAGUUACUUUGACUGCUGCAAUGACUCAUAAUUUUUCUUCUCUCUCAACUACUUUCAUCCCUCCGAUUCUUCGUUUCCGCAAAAAGGAGUGGACUGGCAACGGAAUAGAUGGAGGGCUUGCGGAGAAUAUCGUGGUGCUGAUCUCAGAAGAGGAGACUCGAGGGGUCUUCACAGAAGCUCUCAGAAUGUUGAAAGCGGCAAGUGCGUCAACAAUGGAAGAUGUGAAGGUCUACCAUCCGAAGGACUACCGCGGUUGCGAGAGUGCACAGGUAAUGUGCGUGGGGCUUGAGGACUCAUGGGUUGUAGAGGGGAUCUCCCGUGCCACGAGGACCCUGUUCAUCGUCGAUGGAGGCAAUCACCCUGCAGCACGAACCCGUAUGGGACUCUGGAGGCAGAUGGAACGAGAUGGUCUCCUCAUCCACUGCUCUCAGGCAGCUUCUGUUGCCAUCCUCUCUCAGCAAGACUGGAGGGCACUGAAUACAAAAAUAACUCCCGAUCUCCCCACCAUAUUCAACAUAUUCAAAUAUGGUGCCAGUGUCAUCAGCAAGAAGCUUCUUCUUUGUAGAUCUCUUUGGGGCCAACUAUGGAGGAAGACGCAAGGAGAGAGACAUCGCCUCAAGAAGGAUUCGUAUUCCAAUAAGGACUUCUUCCUCGCCGACUCUGACAGACUCAUUCACGGAGGAAAGGAAAAAAUCCACAUUCUGUAUCUUGGGGGGAAGAACCCUCGUGUGUCUGCUUACGAAUGGGAUGAAGUGCUUCACAUUCCUGAUCCGUACCUGAUUCAUGCGACCACAGGGGUUGUCAUUGGUGACUCUCUCUUUCUCUUGGGAGGGGAGGGGGAUCCCCAGGGAGCACACCGAUUGGACCUAGGUUCAGAGACAUGGACGACCCUCUCGCCGAUGAAAGCUAUGAGAAAAAAUGCUGGUUCAGUUAUGUGGGAUCCCCACACAAUCCUAAUGCUGGGUGGUUGGGACCCAGAAGCAAGAAAAUGUCUCUCCAGUUGUGAAUAUUUGGACACGAGAACGAAGCAGUGGUCCUUGUUUCCAUGUGACAUUCCCGCUCCUAUCUCGGCUCACGCAGCCACUCUUCAUAAAGAUCAUGUGUACAUCUCGGGGGGGUCGGAUGGGACAGAAACAAGGGGGGACGGCUGGCGGUACAGCGUGACUAGAAGAGGGGAGUGGGAACUCCUACCCUCGCUAAGCAAGAAGAGAUCAUUCCAUGGCAUGGUGGAAGACAGCUCAGGGGGUCUCUCCGUUAUCGGGGGGAGUUUUCGAUUGGGUCUGGAGAGUACGGAGGUCCUAGAGACAGAGACUUUGCCCACGGACGAAGAAGGAUGGGUCAUCCAGGAGAAACUUCCCUUCGAAGCACUCGUGAUGGCUAAAGAAAUGAAGUGA